UCCUGCAUCACGGCCGGGUUUUAUUAUCAUCCUCAUCAAUCACGUAGCAAUUAUACUAAUGAUGGUUUACAUGACGGGGUGAAUAUUUUUUAAUUUGCUGAAACCACACAACAUGGACAGGAGAAUAUUUGGCAUCUUUGUACUCUCAGGUCUGUGUCGUUUCUCCUCCUCGCUUCCUCCUCGUUGGUUCCACUUCAUCGACACGCCAACAAGCUGGUCUGAAGCCCAGAAAUACUGCCGAGACAAACACCGAGAUCUGGUCAGCGUUAACGACGAGCAGGAGCUGGAAGAGCUGGCUGCUCUGGUGGGAGACGGUGUUUCAGAUGUGUUCUUGGGUUUGUACAGAGUUUGGGGUUGGUCACGGUCCGAAGCCGACGACUACAGGGAAGGAGAACCGGCCUACUGGAACUGGGCCGCUGGAGAACCCGGCAGCCAUCUCUGUGGGAGCUUAUCAGAGUCUGGAGGAUGGUCUGCUACAGACUGCAGCUCCAGUCUGAGCUUCUUCUGCUACAACGGGUUUGAAGCUGAUCUUUCUCAGAGGUUCAUCCUGGUCAGCAGCUCCAUGGACUGGGCCUCAGCUCAGCUUCACUGCAGGAAUCUACACUCAGACCUGGCCAGAGUGAGGAACCAGGAAGAGAACGAGCACCUGCAGAAGAUGGUGAACCGGCAGCGGGUUUGGAUAGGGAUGAUGAGGGCGACCUGGAGGUGGUCGGACGGCAGCGAGGCCUCGUUCCUUCCCUGGAAACCCCUCCAUCCGACCCCAGGUGGAAACUGUGGGGUGCUGGAUGUGAACAAUCUGGGGAUGACAGACAGGAGCUGUGCUGAAAAACAUCCAUUUUUUUGCUACAGUAUCUCACCAGCUCCACAGAGGAAACACAUCCUGGUUAGAGUGAAUCUGGUUUCUUCUGUCUCUGUGGACGUGAACGACCCGACUGUGAUGGAGUCAAUCCUGAAAGAGGUUGAGAGGAAGCUGGGAGGAGCUGACAUGAAAGUGAGCUGGAAGAAGCCGCCAGAGAAGAAAUAUCUGAUAACAGAGGAGCAGUGUGGUCCAGAAAUCACACAUGUCAUUUAAUCAGACAAUAAAAGAAGCUUCAUGUUUUCAUAUCACACUGGAAUAAUACUGCAUUAAGGGAGGUGUUUGAUGAUGCAUGUAAAAAACAAAUGCAGUUUUCUGAAUCAUAAUUUUGCAGCUCAUUUGUCAGAUUCUAGUUGUUUGUUAAAGCAAACUAAAAUAUAAACAUAAGUAGAAAAAUAUGUCCAACAAAUGCAAACAUCAGUAGACAAGCAUGUCCUAAAAAUAGAAUGAAUAAAUAGAAAAAUAGGACCUAAAAAUAGAAUAAAUAAGUAGAAAAAUGUCAGAAAAAUAUAAAUAGAAGUAGAAAAAUAUGACCUCAAAAUGUUUCUAAAAAGUAGAAAAAUGUGUCAGAAAAGUAUCAAAAUAAAUUGAAAAAGAUGUCCUAAAAAUAGUUUUCUGAAUCCUAACUUUGCAGCUCAUUUGUCAGAUUUUAGUUGUUUACUUGUCUCUCUAAACUUUAACUACUAAUGUUUGAGGUAACUGCUGGGACAAAAUGUCCACGGCAUCGAUGUUGUUUGUUUGAUGGAAAACUGCACCCUAAUCUGAAGCUCAGCGUCUGCUUUGCAUCCAGUUCCAAGACGGUGAAGUUUCAUUUGGUUUGCAUGUCUGGCUGGAGAGGACUUUUUCUAAAGGAGCCAUGGCACUGGAAUGAUUCAAAUGAAAUUAAAAUCAGACCACUCUUACUUCGAUGCAGUCACUCUGGACGGACUAAAAAACAUCAUAUUGAACAGAUUUUACAGUGGAAACCUGGAUGUUAAGUUAAAUAGCACCAAAUUAUUGAAAGCUUAUUUGAGACAAACCUUUCUGACGAUAUAUUCAUUAUUCUCAUGUGUUAAAUGUCUUGUAAACCAUUUGUUUUCUUACAUGUGUUUGUUUUUCAUCUUUAUUUUUCUUGAUUUUGUGUUUGAUGCUGUAGCUGGUGCUAAACUGAUGUGUGUACUGUUAAUAUUGAUAAUUACACUGCAGGUGAUUUUUACUGAAUAACAUCCAGAACUGUCUUGCUUUUAUACGUUGGGUAUAAAAUCAGGUGUCUUGCUUUUGUUUUCAUAGAUAUUCUGAUUACUUUUGUUUAUUAUGUUGCUAACUUUGCAGAAAGCAUAUGUGUGCCGACAUCUUUUAUUACUAUUUAACUCGCCUGUAUUUUAAAGACACUUAAAUGCAUUCUGGGUUCAAAUAAAAGUUGAAUGAAAUAAUUAAUAAUUGAUAUUUUAGCCUGAUUUUUAAACUGUUUUUUAUGUGAUACUAAAUAU